UUCGUUAAUAAAAUAUUCUUUUUCUUUUCGUUUCGUUUCCAUUUUCCAUUUUUCCAUUUUUCCAUUUUCAUUCUUUACUUUUUUUCAUUCAUUCGAGUUUCUAAUGUCGGAUGCAGGAUACAACGACGACGACCUUUUGGAUAAGGAGCUGUUUGGCGGUGACAGUGAUGACCCCGAUAGCAUGGGCAUGGAUGUAGACGGGAUGCUUGGGAUGGGCGGCGAGCCCAGCGGCGACCUAGACAAAGCUGUAGUGGCGGCGGCGGCGGUCGCGGCCCAAGCAGCCAAAGAACAAAACAAAUCCAACUCCUCCUCAGCAGCAGCAGCAUUCGCGGUGUCCAAAGAAACCGACACCGAUGAUGUGCCAUUAAAAGAAGAACUCAAGCCCAAAAAGGAGCUGAUCCCGACCAAACCCGAUAUUCAGCCGGACGAACCCCCUGGUGCUUUCACAAUGAACCACUAUCCGGCACGAGCGCCCACCGAGAUAGCUUCAGAUUACCAGCACUGUGCCAUGUACGAUGUGGUUCCAACCAUAGCCUUUAUUAACGCGUACCAGAUACACGCGGUGGCGGCAACAGCGGACAUGCGGUGGAUGUUUACGGGUGGAGAGGACGGGUAUGUGAAGAAAUGGGACUUUAACGCGUCGGUUAACGGCAAACAAUUACUAACACAAGGGCAGCGACACUCAUUGGUCGAUGGUGUGACGAAGGCGGGGAUUAUGGCGUCGUACUGGGACCAUGCCGAUUCGGCACACCCCUCGAGCGUGGCUUCGGGCCCAGAGACUUUGUCGCCGGUGUAUAGCAUGGCUGUGCACUCACAGGGGAUGUGGAUGGUGUCGGGGAUGAAGAGUGGAAAUAUCGGAUUGUGGACCAUUAGGCAUGACGAAGGCAGAAGGGUGGCAGUGCUGGGGAAGCAUACAAAGCCCGUGUCGGUACUGCGCACGACGCCUGAUGAGUAUGGGCUGGUCAGUGGCGCGUGGGACCGGGCAUGUCUCUACUGGGACCUGAAUACCGGGAGGGUAGCGAGAGUGUUCAACGAGCACUCGUCGCAGAUCAGCUCGAUUGAGUUCCAGCCACAGGCGGUUGGCGCAGACACAGGGGCGUUGAUGAUGACCACAGGGAUUGACGGCCAGUGCUUGCUGUGGGAUAUGCGUGUGGCGAAGCCGGUUACUUCUUCAUUGAAGCAAUUCGAGCCUGCGCUGAAAACACCGCCGUGGGCAUCGUCUGCGUGUUGGAGCCGAGACGGGCGCAGGAUCUACGUAGGCAGGCGCAACAAUACAGUAGACGAGUAUGAUAUUGCGGCAGGUAUUGGUGGUUCAAAUGGGCCUGUGAGAACGUUGCGGUUGCCGAUGAAUUCGGGGCCAGUUACAGCGGUGGCGAUGAUGGCUAAUGGGAGGAAUUUGGUCUGCGCGUCGACGGAUAAUGUGAGGAUUUGGGAUUUGGAUCUGCCGCCGGUGGUGGCUGGGAGGAGCACAGUGCCGUUUCAGAUUAUUCCCGGACAUCAUGGCGGGUGUGUGUCGAGUAUUUUGGUCGAUGAGGCGUCGAGGUAUUUGGUGACGACGUCAGGGAAUCGCGGGUGGGACGGCGUGAGUAACAAUGUGUGUCUGGGGUACGAGGUUGCGCCUGUACUCAAAGUAUGAGUUUUUUUGAAUUUUUUUCACGUGUCAGUUCGGAGAUGAAGAAUUGUAUGAUUUUGUCUUUAAAAAAACUCCCCAAGGUUGUUAUUUUUCUUCUUAUUUUUCCUUCUUAUUUUUUCAAUACAAAAACCA